GUCCCCUCCUCAUCUCACCACACCGUCUUCUCCCCUUCGCCCCACUCAAUCCCCAUCCUCCUUUUAAUACUUUAUAGGAAAAAAGAGAAUCGAAAUGGAAGGAAAAUACGAAGGCGCAAUUGGUAUCGAUCUUGGUAUGCGAUUCCCCUCUUCGCCCUUUUCUCAUUCACAUUGACCUUGGUCUUGUCAAGUUCAUACCGACUAAUCAUGGGUUUUUCGUCUGCUCCCAGGUACCACUUACUCUUGUGUUGCCAUCUACGAGGGUAACGGUGUUGAAAUCAGUUAGUUUUGCCUUUUAUUGAGUUUGCUGGACCUUGCGCUCGAAUGAAGUUCGCGGACAUAAAACUACUCUCCAUUGCUCGCGAGACUGACAAUUCUGCUCCGCGAUAGUUGCUAACGAGCAGGGUAACCGUGUUACCCCUUCUUUCGUUGCCUUCUCUGAGAAGGAGCGAUUGAUUGGCGACGCCGCCAAAAAUCAGGCCGCCUUGAACCCUAGAAAUACUGUAUUUGAUGCUAAGUAGGUUCUUCGUGUUGUCUGACCUCUACUUCUUCUUCUGUAUCAGGAACCUCUGCAUAUACGGGAUUUCCUAGGGAUUUUUGCUAACAUAUUUUGUUUCGAAACAUAGGCGAUUGAUUGGGCGUCGGUUCGAUGAGCCAAGUGUGAAGAAGGAUAUUCAGUCAUGGCCUUUCAAGGUUAUCGACCGCGAGGGGAACCCGUACAUUGAAGUUGAGUAUCUUGGAGAGACGAAGCAAUUCUCACCCCAGGAAAUCUCAUCUAUGGUUUUGACCAAGGUACGUGGGCAUUAAACGUUGAUGCGUGAACGUAAUUCUGAUAUUGCUUGGCUAUAUAUAGAUGAAGGAGAUUGCCGAGGCCAAGCUUGGACAGGCCGUAGAGAAGGCAGUUAUCACUGUUCCUGCUUACUUCAAUGACAACCAACGUCAAGCUACCAAGGAUGCUGGUGCUAUUUCUGGCAUGAAUGUUCUCCGUAUUAUUAAUGAGCCCACUGCCGCUGCUAUUGCUUACGGAUUGGGCGCUGGAAAGUCCGAUAAGGAGAGGCAUGUUCUCAUUUUCGAUCUCGGUGGUGGUACUUUUGAUGUUUCUCUUCUUCACAUUCAAGGUGAGAUUGUCUGGCACGGAUAUUUACGUUAUCAAUGACUAAUAUUCUCAGGUGGUGUUUUUACUGUCAAGGCAACUGCUGGCGACACCCACUUGGGCGGUCAGGACUUUGAUACCGCUCUGUUGGACCAUUUCAAAGCCGAGUUCAAGAGGAAGACCCAACUUGACAUCUCUGAUGAUCCUCGUGCUCUUCGUCGUCUUAGAUCUGCUUGUGAACGUGCCAAGCGAACUCUAUCCUCCGUUACCCAGACCACUGUCGAGAUCGAUUCGCUCUCCGGUGGCAAUGACUUCAACACCUCUAUUACCCGUGCCCGCUUCGAGGAUAUCAAUGCUUCCCUGUUCAAGAGCACCAUUGCACCUGUCGAGCAGGUCCUUAAGGACUCUGGUCUCGCUAAAUCUGCUGUCGACGAGGUCGUCUUGGUCGGAGGCUCUACCCGUAUCCCCAAGAUUCAAAAGCUGUUGAGCGACUUGUUCAAUGGUAAGAAGUUGGAGAAGGGUAUCAACCCCGACGAGGCCGUUGCCUAUGGCGCUGCCGUUCAGGCCGGUAUCCUCUCUGGCAAGGCUACCUCUGAGGAGACAGCCGAUCUGCUCUUGCUCGAUGUUGUUCCUCUAUCUUUGGGUGUUGCUAUGGAGGGUAACAUUUUCGCCCCCGUUGUUCCUGUAGGUGUAUGGUCUCUCGGUUGCACUCGUUCGUUUGCUAACCACUGCACUAUAGCGUGGCCAAACCGUUCCGACCAUCAAGAAGAGGACCUUCACCACUGUUGCCGACAACCAAACCACUGUCCAGUUCCCCGUGUUCCAGGGUGAGCGAGUUAACUGCGAGGACAAUACCUCUCUCGGAGAAUUCACUCUCGCUCCGAUUCCUCCAAUGAAGGCGGGCGAUGCUGUUCUAGAGGUCAUCUUUGAGGUCGAUGUCAACGGUAUCCUCAAGGUCACCGCUAUUGAGAAGUCAACUGGAAGAAGCGCAAACAUUACUAUCUCUAACUCUGUCGGGAAACUUUCUUCCACCGAGAUUGAGAAGAUGGUCCAGGAUGCGGAGAAGUUCAAGUCUACUGACGAUGCCUACUCCAAGAAGUUCGAGGCUAGGCAACAACUUGAGUCUUACAUAUCACGAGUUGAGGAGAUCGUUAGCGAUCCGACGAUGAGCUUGAAAUUGAAGAGGGGUGCCCGGGAAAAGAUCGAGUCUUCUCUCAGUGAUGCCAUGGCUCAACUUGAGGUGGAAGAUGCUGGUGCCGAUGACCUGAAGAAGAAGGAGCUCGCUCUCAAGAGGGUUGUCACAAAAGGUAUGAAUUAAUUACCGCGGCACACUUCUCACUACUACACAGAAUGUCACUAAUUUGAAGAUCGUGCAGCCAUGUCAACUCGUUAAACCUUUUCUCAUCUUCCCCUCUAUUUAUUUUAUUCUAUUAUUUCCUUAAUCCAGUUUUUGUUAUGCUUCAGCCCCCAAAAGUUUAUGCCAGCUUUCCUUUUUGUUUUUUCCCUUGGGGUUUUGUCUUUUAUCUACUGGUGGGAUUUUGUUCACAAAAAAUAUGGUGGUCGUGCUCGGAUAAUUGUCCUAACAAGCGCCGCGGUAUGGUAGUUAGGGAAUCUGCACAUAGAACAAAA